AGACGGAAUGCGGAUGACCUAACCCUAAAAUUCGAAAAAGUUGAAAAGGAAGUCCAAAUUCGGCAUGUCGAAGGCGCCGGAUUACUCCGCCGCACCUCCGUGGAUCGAACUGCCGGAGGAAUUGACGGCGAAUAUCCUGCAAAGGUUGCACGCGGAACAGAGACUGGGGAUCGAGCAGCUGGUGUGCAGUACAUGGCGGAGAGUCUGCAAAAAUCCCGCCAUGUGGCGCGUUAUUGAUUUGGACUAUCGACGUUGCGAUUCCCACGACGUAUUAGAAUUCGAGCUCAUUUGCCGCGGCGCUGUGAAUCGUAGCCAGGGACAGUUGAUCGAGCUAAAGGUUAUCAAUUUGGAUGAAGAGUUUGGGUUUCUAAACUACGCGGCCGAGAGAUCAAGUCAGCUCAGAUGUCUUACACUCGCAGGGUAUGAGCAAAUGGAAACUGCUUUGACUGAUAUAAUGAAAAAACUCCCACAACUGGAAGAGUUGCACCUUAUCAGGAUGCCACCACUCACUCCCAAACAAUUUGCAUCCAUUGGCAUCUCUUGCCCCAUGUUGAAAUCAUUUACAUAUAACGAACAUUGUUAUGAGCAUCCAUUAUUUCCAGAAGAUGAGGCUUUUGACAAUUUCUGCACUAAGCAUGCUAUUGCGAUUGGACAAAGCAUGCCUAAUCUGCGCCAUCUCAGACUUUGGGACCUGUAUAUGAGGAACAAGGGAGUGGAAGCGAUUAUCGAUGGCUGCCCCCACCUUGAAUCACUCGAUCUUCGAAGAUGCUCUGGUGUUGAUCUAGAUGAAGCUCUGUUUAACAGAUGUAUUGAGCAAAUAAAAGAUCUGAUACUCCCUACUGACGGUAACACUAGUGAUCCUGAUUUGCUUGAAGAUCCCGGAUAUGAAAGUUGGGAUGUCAUUAAAUCAUCGAAUUUGGUAGAUUUCUGCAUGCCUGAUUCGUCUGAUGAUGAUGGUUGUGGAGGAUUUGCUGGUUCUUAUGAUUUCAAACCUUUUUAGAUGAAAAUGCUAAGGUGCCUGAGAUUUCAAGAUAUGUCUUCACUUUUUAUGUAGGUGUUACGGUAAAUGGUUUGGCUCCGGAAGAGCCAUGGUAGACGGUAAAGGUUUCUUCUAUCGAUUUUGGCUAAUAUCUAUAUGGACAAAUACCACUCCUAACAUUUUAGUAGGCGUUUGUGUUGCUAGUUGAUUUCAAGUUGUAAGACAGCAUUUUGGAGGUUUCAUUGCAUCUCCCCUUUUUUGCUUGGUA